AUGGUUUUUAGUCCUUCUGCCGCAAAGCCUAGAACAGACGAAGAUUUCAGAUUGCGAAAAAAUAAGGAAUUUCACAAGAAGAAUUUUGUUGACAAGAGACUUCCUGUUGAAAACUUAAAUAUAAAUUUGGCUAAAGACUUCCCUAUAGAUGCUAUGCAUGUUGUUGAUCUAGGUGUUAUGAAAAGAGUUCUUAAUUGUAUAGUAGAACAGUUACCUAAAGAGCAAAGAGAGGUUUUUUCUGAACAAUACGCGUCUCUUGCGAGCACAUUGCCAUCUGAAUUUACAGGAAGACGCACUCGCGCUCUAAAAAAUCUAAAGGAUUUCAAGGCAGUAGAGUAUCGAACUUUUCUUCUCCACACAGGUCAAGUUGUUCUUAAACAAUUUCUGAGUAAUGAGCAAUAUAAACAUUUUUUAUACUUUUCUGUGGGUAUACGAAUUCUUAAUUCUAACAAUGCUACCGCAGAAUGCAUUAAUCUCGCUGAUGAAUAUUUAAAACAAUUCGUUAAAAAAUUCUCAACAUUCUAUGGCGAAAAUCAACGAGUCCACAAUGUGCACUGCCUUCUGCACUUGGCGCAACAUGUAAAAAAUUUUGGACCACUUUAUAAGUUCAGCGCGUAUAAAUACGAAAAUUUUAAUUAUCAGAUUACUCAGUAUGCAAAAAAGCCAUCUCAAAUAUUAGAGCAAAUUGCAAAUAUGGUUGGACGCAAUUGGAAACAUCCUGAUGCAAAGGAGAAAGAUUGCACAGGAGGCUUCAAAAUCAGCAUGAGAGACAGAGAUGCCUAUUUUAAACUAAAAGACGGCACAAUUUUAAAAGUUCUUGCAAUAAACAACAAUUCAGUUAAAGGACUCCGCUUCCACAGUGCUCAACCACUUUUCACAGAACCUCUUGAUUCAACAGUGAUUGGAAUUGUUUUAUUAAACAUAACAGAGGGAAAUCCUUGUGAAAUUUUGGCAUCUGAAAUUAAAUUUAAAUAUAUUUGUUUACCCUACGCCGAAAGAAUUGUUCUGACCCCGCUUCUCGACAAAUAG